GCAGUAGGAGAAGGAGAGGAAGAAGGGAAGUGGGUCUCAUGAAUAGCCCCCCUGCUCACAGCGCUAUUGGUCACAUGCAGCAGAAUGGAAGAGGCUAGCACACUGAAGUGUAGGUUAGAGUCACACUAAGCCGUGUUGUCAGUGUGGAUUUUUGUAAGCCUCUCGUAUUUCAUGAAGAGUGACUGCAGGUAAGUAGGACUUCUCUGGUUUCUUCGCUGCCUAAUUAACGAACAUGUCACUGAGCGAGCGUUAAGGCUAGCUAAACACGACCCGAGGUGACAUGUUGACACAGUACAGCUCACUUCUUCUCAUUCAGUCAUGAUGGACCUGUUUGUCUGUAAACGUGUUUUAUCUCUCAUCUACACUCUUACCAGUAGAUAAGGUCUGUUUUAUUAGUCAUGUCUGCCCGUUUUGACAAGCUGUCUACAGUGUGUUUAUUUAGCUUUCGAGGAAAAUGCUGAGGUCAAAAGUCAGUUGAGUUUACACUGAGAAAGAAAGAGUAACAACAUGACACUACAUAAUAUCCAACUAGUUAUUACUGGGAAUGUGCGGUAUCUGUGAAGAAAUACAGAGGAAAUUCAUGCAGCUUUAUUAUGGUCUGUUAUUUUAAUGUACAGUCAGGGGAGGAAAAAGCUCUAACAUAUGUCACAACUCAAAAGACGACAGUGUAUGACUGUAGAGCUACAUGAAUAACAGUUUGAGACUAUACUUUAUAUAUUUGUAAUUUACUUUAAAGGGAUAUUCUGGCAUAAAAUUAAUUAAGGGUCAAACACAUUGUAACACUGAGUUAGACAUCCCCUCGGGAGAUGAAUGUUGCCAACUGCUUGCUUCUCUAGUUAUACCAACUUGAGUAACGACCGCACAAUAGCAAUACACAGUGGUCUGAGGAGCCAUAAACAAACCUCAACCAUAACAGCACUCUAUAGCUACAGAUAAUGCUCAGAACAGCACCUAACUUCAUCAACAGUACAUAUAGGGUCCCUUCCAUGGUACUAGCCACCAAACAUCUUUUUAGCUUUGCCUAAUUUCUUUAGCAAAGAGACUAAACACAACUUACCCACUCUUUUCCAGCAGCCGCUCGUUUGUAGUGAGACCUCAGGCCUAUAGCGGGGUGACGCAGCUCAAGGAAAAACAUUGAUGAUCAUUACUUUAUCAUUUCCUUGAAGUAAUAAUCACCAUAUUAAUAAUUUUGUACUGCAGACACUUCUAUUCUUCUACCUUAGCAUCUCGGUCUGAAUGCAUUUCCAUGAAGAAAUGAUCAUAAAUGUUCUUCCUUGAGCUGCGUCAUGCCGCUGCAGUCCAUGAUGGACUGGUCCGAGGUCUCAGUACAAACAAGCGGCUGCUGGAAGAGAGACGGUGAGUUGUGUUUAGUCUCUUUGCUAAAGAAAUCAGGCAAAGUUGAAAAGAUGUUUGGUGGCUAGUAGUAUGGCUGGGACCCUAUAUGUACUGUUGACAAAGUUAGGUGCUGUUCUGAACAUUAUUUGUGGCUAUAAAGUGGUGUUUUCAUUGAGGUUUGUUUAUGGCUCCGUAGACUGCUGUGUAUUGCUUUCAUAUGAUGGUUACUAAAGUUGUUAUAGCUAGAGAAGUAAGUAACUUAGUAACUUAAUUUUACGCCGGAAUAUCCCUUUAACUCUUAUUUUCCCAUCUGCAGGACUUUGCCAGAUUUUGGAUGGAGUCAGCGCCCAAGAUUUUACUGACUUGUGUUGUCACAGCAAGGUGUCUCUGGGUUGAGGAUUCAUGCCGUCCCGUGCACAAAGAAGCAAAGAAUGGUCAAAUAUUUCUCUAAUAGCACAGACAUCAAGAGUACCUGGGACCAUGUUGUCUCUGCUUUCUGGCAGAGGUACCCAAACCCGUUCAGGUAUGAUGAUAUUUUUAUUUGUCUUUUUUUUUUUGUUUACUUAUAAGUUCUUCAUGAGAGUCAAAUUCAACCAAAAGAAGUUGUAUUUGUUGUUCUGUGUGGAAAAUUUAAAAUGUUCCUGCUAUCAUACCAACUCAGCUUUGUGUGGAUGUAAGUGAACAAAAGAGACCCACACUAGACGACAUAAAAAAUUCAGUAAAUGAUUUUUAUUUGUUUAUUCCCAGGCUUCAGUUAUUGACAAUCUAACCUUAUAAAGGUUGUGAAGUUUGAACUAACUAAUUCAAAUUUUUCUAUUAUAGUAGAUUCCCAAAGUCUUAGGAUGAAGUGAAGUUAAUGCAGAGUUUUCAGGACCACAGGAAUCUUUUUCUAAUGAUUUAAAACCAGCCGUGUAGAGCACAGUGCAGGUUGAAUACUGCUACACAGUUUAGGCUUUGUCUGCACUGGUUCGCAUUUGAGAACCCACAGCUAUAAGAGUAAUUAGUUAUGAUACAAAACUGGUUGAACGCGUCAAAGAAUGAAAUAUAAGUAGUGAUACACUCCAGAAAUCACACACAAUAUUCAAUCUGAUUCAGUAAAGACAUGGUGGUGUUUAAAACUGUACUGAAACUGUUCACAAAUGGAUCUGAAACCUGAAAGUGAGAGCGUUUUUACUUCUAGAUCUUUUCAAAUCCAUCUUGAAAAUGACACUCUCAUUUUCACAUAAAGUUUUACACACUUGUUGUUUGGUCUAAUUAAUCAUAAUAUUCACAGCAGCCAAAAUAGCAUCUGGUGAUAUAAACUGCAUUAAAAUCUUUGGCCCCCUUGUUGCAGAAACUGAAUCUUACAGUUCAUCCUUCAGUUGGUUAAAAUCAUGAGGUUAUCAUACAGUAAGGUGCACAGAAAGGGCAAACGUAAAAGCUGCGGACUGACUCGGCUGAUGUUAAUAUCUCUGCUGUAUGAUCAGCUGUAAGUUCCUGCCAUUUGAAAUUAAAACGUCAAAGACUUAAAUCAGGUUAAAAUUUCUACCUGAAAUUUUUUAAAUCGUGAACUUUUAGAAGUCACCGCUAACUUUUCAUUCCUGUGUUUAUAUGUCAAUCAGCACCCAUGUUCUCACAGAGGACGUUGUGUAUCGGGAGGUGACUGCGGACCAUCGGCUCUUCUCCAGACGCCUCCUGAUGAAGACCAAUCGUCUGCCUCGCUGGGCAGAGCAUAUCUUUCCCUCCGGCAUGUCUCGCUCUGUGUACAUCGUCGAGGACUCCAUCGUAGACCCCAUCAACAGAAGCCUGACCACCUUCACCUGGAACCUCAACCACACGACUCUCAUGGUGAAUGCCUUUAAUUUCUUGAAAAACAGUAGUGCUGAAUAAGUUGUCCAGUAUAUUUGUUGGCUUAAUUCAGAGCCUCCUGUGGUCAUGUACCUGUCCAGCCCACAAUUUUAAUGGUUUGUUUACUAUCAAUGUGUUAACAACUUCACAAUGUUACCAUUAUAAACAAAAAGUGCUCACACAAUACACCAAAACUUGAAGACACAAAGCAGAAAAGACACAAUAAAAGAGGACAUUUUAAAAUCAUUAGUACAAUCUGUCAAAAUUAAGGACAAAGAUAAAAUAAAAAAGCAAAAACAGAUGGGUCUAAAUGUCAGUGACAUUAGAACGGAAGAUUAAAGGGAUAUUCUGGCGUAAAAUUAAUUUAGGGUCAAACAGAUUGAAACACCGAGUUAGAAACCCCCUUGAGUGAUGAAUGUUUCUGACUGCUUGCUUCUCUAGUUAUACCAACUUUAACCUCAACCAAAAAGCCACUCUUCAGCCACAGAUAAUGCUCAGAACAGCAGCUAACUUCAUCAACAGUACAUACAGGGUCCCAGCCAUAGUACUAGCUACCAAACAUCUUUUUAGCUUUGCUGGAUUUCUUUAGCAAAGAGACUAAACACAACUCACCUACUCUCUUCCAGCAGCCGCUUGUUUGUACAGAGACCUCAGGCCAGUCCAUUAUUAAUUAAUUUUACACCGGAAUAUCCCUUUAGAGUUACAUGGUUGGUUAAAAUAUGUGUUUUAUAAGAGUUUGAUAAAAGAGAGCUACAAAUAAGUGACUCUUGACUGAGCAGACACUUCCAUCCAAAGUGAUGUUCAUUCCUGAAUUAGCAGUAGCUUUGAAACGUAAUCAAACAGAGAGAUCAACUCUGAUUUAGUUUUAACUUUAUUAAAAGGAUCAGGACCAUCCAAUGUGGAGGAAUUUAUUUAUUUUUUUUUUAAACGGCUCUGAGAACCUUUUGUGACAUAAAUGAUCCAUUUGUUUUUCUGCCCGUUCCUGACCUGCUUUUCAAAUCAACCCUCAGCCUUGACCCCUGUGUUAACCUCUCUGUCACUUUGCUCUCUUUCAUGUCAGUCGGUUGAAGAGCGUUGUGUUUUCCAAGACUCACAGGAGCAGCCGGCCACCACCCAGCUGAAACGGGAGGCAUGGAUAUCUUCAAAUGUUUAUGGCUUCUCCAGACCCAUCCAGGUACUUUGGUUUCCUGCAGCAGUUACCUAAGCUAAAGUCUGAACAUUUUAAACCCCUCUGUUAGUCUAUUAGGAGUGCACCGAUCACAAUUUUCUGGCCGAUCACCGAUCUUUAAAAAGCUUGACCUGCCGAUACCGAUUUUGGCCGAUACCUUUUUUUUUUUUUUUUAUAACUGACGACAUACACCUUUGAUGCCCCAAUCUUAUUUUAAUGAAAAACAUUCAACAAUACUUGUGGAACAAUACAAACCUUUUUGUGUUUGUUUGAACUGCACUUGAUGUCGUUCUCUUAAAUAUAAAUGAAAAGUUUAGAAUAUCGCUGUCCAAACUACUAAAUUAUAUCAGUUCCUUUAGUCUUUUAUUUUCCACAUUGAUCACACUGCAGGCCUGUUUUGAGCCUCUCACCAAAAUAAAGUGCACAGCAGCAUUUUGCUUUUACAAAUAAAGGAAAUCACAAGGUUUGAGGAAGUUAGUAAAAUAAAAAUCGACAGGACAAACUAAACUGUUGGGCGGGCCUGUCAUUCUGGCAAAAGCAAAAAGCUACAACGGCUGACUUUUAGACCUUUGCUGAGGUAGAUAAGAUCGGUAAAUAAAAUCUGUGGUUUUAUGUGUAAGGAUCAGCUGAUCACCGAUCCCCCGAAAUUAAGGAAAUCGGCGCAUGUUUAGUCUCUAUCAUUUGCAUCUUUGUUUUUUGGCAGAGAAAGGCCUAUUCUGCUCCGGUCUAACUCCUCGUAUUUUCUUAUCUGGGUUUGUAGCGUGCAGAAUCUGAUUUUUGAGGCUUCAUCUGGAUUUUUUAGGUCAUAGUAGAAGCAGCAGUGGCAGGGGAGGUGGUGUGUUAAUGCCAAAAUAAAGAAGUGGGGGAUUUAAGGGAGGAAGUGAAAAUUGUGCCCAACACGUGAGAACCUAAAAUUGUCAUUAUUAAAUGCCAGGCUUGCUUUAAUAUCCCCAGAGGAAAGAAAGAGCGUGUUAAGCCCAGUUUAGGCGUCUUCUCCUCACGUAAAGCCAUUGCUGAAUUGUCUGUUUUUCUCCCUAGGAGUUUGGAUUGGCUCGCUUCAAGAGCAACCAGGUGAAGGCCAUGAAAGGGCUGGAAUACGCUCUCUCCAACCUACAGGGUAUGUACACAUAACCAGUGAGAGCAGGUGACAGUGCAAGAGAGAAAGAGAAAAUAGAGUUACAUGUUUCCAAAUGUGGAAAUGAGAAAAAGCCAUGAUCAUCAUCGCACACCCACAAAGACAGAACACCACUCAGAGGAGAAGCACCUCAGGCUAAUGACAGACACUGAUUGUAAAAUAUGGACUUUCAGAACAAACUGAUGAAAAUCUGCCAAAGUUCUGCAACUUACUGCCGUCUUUUCUAAUUAUUGAUUAAUCUAUUGAUCAGGUGUUGACUCAGCUGGCUAUGCAGAGUGUGUGUCUGUGUAGAGGAUGAUCCUCGGAGGAGCGAUCCUGAGUUUGUUUCCCAUCCUUAGUCUUUCACCGUGUCAUUCCCUUAUCGUCCUCUUUGCCUGAGAAUGACUCUUCACACUAUCUUUUCAUAUCAAAAAAGGCAUUAAAAAAAUAAUAAUAAAAAUAAUCAUCUUUAAAAACAAUAGAAGGUAACCUGAUGAUUAUUUUCUGAAAUUCACGGACAAAUUCCUCUGUCCAAGAUGCUCCUGCGGAAACUUCAGGAACUGAAAUGUCUCUUUUUGUUAAAAAAAAAGAUAUUUCAUUUUAUGUUUACGAGACUAAUUCAUCUUGAAAACAUUCAAAUUUGAGAAGAAAAUUGGAUGUUUUAUUUUUGAUCGGCUACUCAGUCCUCAUUAGAGUUCAGACACCUCAAGAAAACACAAAACCUUGAAGUUUAAGAAGUUUCUCUGUUGACUAAAAGGACGUUUUCCCGUUGUUGUGAUUCUGCCCUAUUGCCUCUGUUUUACUGCCACUGCAGGGAUUGGCAUCAGGCUGAGCGUUGUGGUGAGUAUGUUAGCCAAAAGGGUUCAUCUGCCAUCCCAGGCCUUGACCAGGGUUGGUCACAUGAUCCCUUAUAUGAGCGUCACACAGUUGACGGUGUAGCUGAGGUAGUAAGGUAGAGGCUGUGUCCCCCUCUGUGUUGUUGUGAGAGCAGAUGGUCACCACAAGUGGCUGUGACUCAAGCGUGAAUGUUGUUAGUGUGUAGUUCAUAGUUUAGUUGACUGAAACUAUCUCUGCAGUAUUGACCUUUUAACAGAGGAUAUCUAGUUAAAGCAAAUGUUGUGAGGUGGAGCAGCUGUAGAGCAAAUAAAAACAGUCAGCUGAAGUCAAGAAAACUGCCAUUGACUUUAUUUUGGUGGCUUUUUUUGUUGUUGUUAUAAAAUCACUUUAGGGGACAUUCAUUUUGAUAUCAUUUGUAAUUGACAUCUUUAUUAUUGAUUUGGAUGCUAGCAGAGCUUAAAGGGAUAUUCCGGCGUAAAAUUAAUUUAGGGUCAAACACACCAUAACACUGAGUUAGACACCCCCUCUAGAGAUGAAUGUUGUUGACCGCUUGCUUCUCUAGUUAUACCGACUUUAGUAACGGCCGCACGGUAGCAAUACACAGCUGUCUAAGGAGCCAUAAACAAACCUCAACCAAAACGCCACUCUAUAGCCACAAAUAAUGCUCAGAACAGCACCUAACUUCAUCAACAGCACAUAUAGGGUCCAAGCCAGAGUACUAGCCAUCAAACAUCUUUUUAACUUUGCCUGAUUUCUUUAGCAAAGAGACUAAACACAACUCACCUACUCUCUUCCAGCAAUUGCUUGUUUGUCGCAAGACCUCGGGCCAGUCCAUUAUGGACUACAGCUGGGUUACGCAGCUCAAGGAAGAACAUUUAUGAUAAUUUCUUUAUCAUUUCCUUGAAGUAGUAAUCAUAAUAUCAUCAUAAUCACCGAUCAUUUUUCACUGCAGAUGAGGAAGUUCCUCUGCCUUAGCGUUUCAGUCUGAUCGCAUUUCCAUGAGGAAAUGAUCAAAAAUGUUCUUCCUUGAGCUGUGUCACCCCACUGCUGUACUGUUGAUGAAGUUAGGUGCUGUUCUGAGCAUUAUUUGUGGCUAUAGAGUGGCGUUUUGGUUGAGGUUUGUUUGUGGCUCCUCAGACCGCUGUGUAUUGCUGUCUGCUGUUGUUACUAAAGUUGGUAUAACUAGAGAAGCAAGCGGUUGGCAACAUUCAUCCCUCUUAAUAUCCCUUUAACACAGUUUAAGGAGACCUUUGUGGAUAUGAACAUAUACAUUCUUCUGGGUUUUGUCAUUGUAUGGCAGAAUAAACAAUGAAAGUCCGUUGAAGUGGUUGAAUUCUUACUCAGUAACCUGUGCUCAGGGCUGUAUUUCACAAAAGAUUUCAAAUAUGGAAUCCUAAGAAAACUCAGCAAAUAAAACAGCCCACUUUUCAAAUCAUCCCAGACACACCUGCAGAGUCACAAUCUGACACACAAACUAAAAACAGUCUGCAGAAAUGUCCAUAAAUGUCCAGCAAGAGGAGCAGUUGUGAGUUUGUGUGUGAAUUGGCCACAAAUAUAGGUCAUGGUAAGACUAUGUUUAAUCAUGGUGUUUUUCUGCCUUUGAAUAGUGUUACAAAAAAUUCUCGGAAACAGCUCAUGAGAAAUGACUUUGAAACAGGAUGAUCUGUGUCUGUAAAUCUGUCUCCUGCAGUCAUCUGUGCAAUAAUGGGCACCUGGACCUGCACUUAUAUUUCAUACACAAUUUUAAGGCACUUAAACCUUCAGUAAAUCAGACCCUUAAGUUGGCCUGAGAAGAUAUCCAGCAUUUUUGGCUUUAAAAGAAUUAAACUGUCAUUUUAUUAUUAUUAUUUUUCCUGUUUCGUGCCGUAUUUAAUCUUCUCUGAUUGGAAAAAAGAACAUUGUGCAGAGCAGUGAUCGUAAACACAGCACACAGUGUAUCUCCAGUGUACCUUCUAGACUUGAUUUCUAUUCAGACACCGCACUCGUCUCAUUUAAAGUAUUUUGAACAUUCAGCUCGGCAGCAUUCCUCUGAUCUCUUGCUGUGAAUAAAUUGUCAGUUAAUUACUGCUAUCAUCAACUCCUAGCAGGACCUGAAGUCAAGGCUGAUGCAAAAAUAUGAAACAUGUUCACUGAAGAUUCCAGAGAAGGUGGUACACUGUCUCGUAUUUCUCUUUCAGUUUAAGUGAAUGUGAUGCACCUGUAAUUUGACAGAAUCAUGGCAACACCGACUCUCACAUCACCCUAAUAAAUAAAUGCUUAAGAUCAUUAAACCUGCGAGGAGAGAUUUCAACUGUACUUUUCAGCCUUCAUAAUUCCUGACUUAACUCAUUCGUAUUAUUUUCAGUCUCCAAACAAGGAGAGGUUUGUCCCUCAGCUUUCAUGCAGCCACUGUCCCGGGAUCAGCGUUCUUCGUUUGUCUAAAAGCCCUGAAAUGUGAGGGAAACACUCCCUCUGUCGCUCUCACAUUUCAGGAAAAACUGCUCUGCUGCACUGUGAUCCUCCUUGUUGUCUUCACAUGAGGUUCUCUGACUCUGUAGGUUCACGGUGAGGUCAGACGCAAAUAGAUUCUGCAGGGAGUUCAUAACGGUGAACAAAGAUGGGUGUGCUCACCACAAGGCUUGAUCAAAAACAUUUUCUGUGUUUGGUGAAGGGAUCGUGCUGAACGGGGUUUUUAGAGACUCAGCCUCUCUGAAAUGUCCUUUUUAUACCCCUAACCUAUCGCAGACAUCCUAAAUGUCCCUAUCUCAGCUGUUUUGAAGUGUAUUGCUAACAUCAAUCAAACAAAGAGCAGAUAUUGCUCAUAAAUGAAUUCAUUUUGAUGUAUUUCCUUCGCUCCAUUUUCCAUACUGUUAGAAUUGGAGGUGUAGCUUUUGUUUUGAAUAUUCACUGCGAUCACAGAAGAAGUUUGACUGAAUUGUGCCUUUCAAAGUCAAUGAAGAAGACUUAAAAAUAAAUGAAAAUUACCAUCGGGUGUCUGUCACACACUUGUCAUUAUUGGAGCCUUCAGAAGUGACGUACUAUGUGUAGUUGCAUGGUCUCAACGCUGCCCUCUGGCUGCAGUGUGCUGUCUGUGGAGGUUCAUUUUCCUGAAUUUCUAGUGAUGCCAUAAGACCUAUUUGUCAUCUUUGUCUUAAUUUGUAUACAUUGUCUUCAGCUUUUAUUAUUUUUAAUCUCUCCUGUCUUUCUGUGUGUCUGUGGGCUCACAGGAGAGGCGCCCCAGCGGCCACUCAGGGACUCAGUGAAAGACGCUUCAGAGAAGGCCAAGGAGGCGGCGAAGAGCCUGGCCUCUGCUGCUGCUGCCGCCCCGCAGAAACCCCAGCAGUACGUCUGACACCGCUGCUCUGUAGACGGAGCUGAGCAGGUGACAUGAACUCAACACGAUGCCUUCACAAUCAUCUCGAUCACCUGGACUUGGCUGAAGUGUUCUGGGAUCACGCUGACGGCUGUUUAUUUGCUUUUUUAAACUGCGAUAUUUAUUGAACUGAAAUCAGAAGAAUCUUUUUAUUUCUCAGACGUCUGUCUACUUUCUCUCAGCUUUUAUGAGUGCUCAGGCUCUUAGUCUGAAUAUAAAUAAUGUUUUGACUUGAUCAGCAGCACACUUAAAAGCAUGAGUGCAUAUAUGUGAGUGUUGCCACAUAAAUUUAACUUAUAUCUCUAUUUUCACUAAGUAAGCUUAUUUUUAUGCAGAAUUUAAAUUCUUCUUGGACAGCUUAUUAUUUGGACUUUAAUCAAAAACUGGGAUAUGCAGUGAUUAUAUGAUAACUCUUUACAUGUUGAUUUAGUGCAAAGGUCAUAUCAGACCAAAUAGCUGAGCUGUACCUGUUACGGUUUACUUUCAACCGAAGAAACUUCAUGUUAGAACUGCUACUUUUGGUUUAUGCAGAAGCGACAGAUUUCACACCACCAGGUAGAAGCCAGUCCGACAGGUCCUGUCUGGCCUCUUGCUCAUUCUUUCUCUCCAUCAAAGUCAUCUUCGCUCUUUUCCCUCUGCAUGACGUCCUCAAUGAGAGUACCAAGCUAAAACCAGAACUUUCUGCCAGAGAGACUUUGCUGUGAUAUCAGACCCCAUGAACACCAUAACUCAACCUCAGUUACACAGGAACAGGUAUUUGGGCUCUGGGGUGGGAGUAAAAUGACUUAAAAGCUGGGUUUGAUUUAAAGGGAUAUUCCGGCAUAAAAUUAAUUUAGGGUCAAACACACAGUAACACCGAGUUAGACACCCCAUUGAGAGAUGAAUGUUGUUGACUGCUUGCUUCUCUAGUUAUACCAACUUUAGUAACGACCACACGAUAGCAAUACACAGCGGUCUGAGGAGCCAUAAACAAACCUCAACCAAAAUGCCACAAAUAAUGCUCAGAACAGCACCUAACUUCAUCAACAGUACAUAUAGGGUCUCAGCCAUAGUACUAGCCACCAAACAUCUUUUUAACUUUGCCUAAUUUCUUUAGCAAAGAGACUAAACACAACUCACCCACUCUCUUCCAGCAGCCGCUUGUUUGUAGCAAGACCUCAGGCCAGUCCAUUACAGACUGCAGCGGGGUGACGCAGCUCAAGGAAGAACAUUUAUGAUCAUUUCUUCAUGGAAAUGCAAUCAGACCGAGAUGCUAAGGUAGAAGAACGACCGCAUCUGCAGUGCAGAAUGAUUAAUACAGUGAUUAUUACUUCAAGGAAAUGAUAAAGAAAUGAUCAUAAAUGUUCUUCCUUGAGCUGCGUCACCCCGCUGCAGUCCAAACAAGCGGCUGCUGGAAGAGAGUAGGUGAGUUGUGUUUAGUCUCUUUGCUAAAGAAAUCAGGCAAAGCUAAAAAGAUGUUUGAUGGCUAGUGCUGUGGCUGGGACCUUUUAUGUACUGUUGAUGAAGUUAGGUGCUGUUCUGAGCAUUAUUUGUGGUUAUAGAGUGGAGUUUUGGUUGAGCGUGUGGCUCCUAAGACUGUUGUGUAUCACUAUCCUGCGGUCGUUAUUUAAGUUGGUGUAACUAGAGAAGCAAGCGGUCGGCAACAUUCAUCUCUCGAGUAUGAGUCUAACUCUGUGUUAUGGUGUGUUUGACCCUAACUUAAUUUAACACCGGAAUAUCCCUUUAAGAGUUGCAUAAUAUUGUAUCAAAAGACAGAACUGCAUGGUUUCACAUGCAUGCAGUGAAAAAACUGAAUCUUAUGUAAUAUCCAUUUACUCAUCAUUUCUGUCUUAGUUUUUCUCCAGGGUGGAGACGGUUGUUAGAUACGUUGGCAUUUUCUACAAACAACAAUACGCACAAAAAUAGAAAAUGUAGCCACAAUGCUACUAAUGGCUGACCGCCAGCAUGACCUGUACUCAUGUGUUGAUAAUCUCAAUAAACCAAAGUGACUUAUAACUCAAAUAAGUCAAAUACAGAAACUCUGACGAUGACGAGCCUGUAACAGUUCUGCUGUAGCCGAGCAUCCGGAGUAACACUAGUCUAGAUCAUCAAUCUGCCUGUUGAUAUGAAGCUGUGAUAUGAAGAUGUUGUUAUUGUUGUAAACAUUUCAGUGAAUGCAUUCCUUUUGAAGACGGAACCGUCUGGAUUAUUUUGCUUCAAGACUUGAAUUAUAGUUAGAAGAUGAUUCAUAUGAUGUAUUUAAAAAUGAUUUACUGUUGAGCAUUUGUAUGAUGAGGUUGGGUUUUAAUGAGGUAGUGGUAGCAUGUUGAAAAAAAAAGGGUUUAAAAGCUGAUUCCUUUGGAUUUGUAUUGAAAAGGUAAACAGAUUUCGCAUCUUGCAUCUCCAACUGAGACCUCAAAUCAAAGUUUUGUUUUGUGUUUUGAAGAUCAGCUUUAAUAAAAUGUUGUAAACUACUCAUUUAAA